GUGUCGGGAGUUGCGCGGUGAGGCUCCCCGGGACCUACGUAGCGGCUAAUUACGGUGUCUUCACAUGUUCGCAACCCCUGACCUGUGUACGCCGUCCGCAUUUUCCACAUUACUUGGUUGCCAGGAAGUCACCAGCGUCGCCCAGGUAGAUUAAAGAUGAACGCUGAUUAGGAAGGAAAUAAAAAGGUGAAGUAAUCGUAUUUACAAAAGAUAAAAGGACGAAAGAUAAAAAGAGUGUUUGAAACUAAAUUCUCCAAUGAAAGAAAUAUAAAUUGAGAUAAGACAUGAGGGUGAACACGACAAGGAGAGGGAACAUUUCAAAAUAAAGUUUACAGAGAAUAAUCAAAAACUAAAAUUGAGUGAAGAGAAGAGAGAACGGAAGAAAUAAGCGAGGGUAUCAUAUCUGUUGGAGUAAAUAAGGGAAGGAGGAGAAGGAGGAGGAGAAAAGUAAGGCGGAGAAGAUGAAGAAAGAGAAAAGAUAAAGUAUAACUAGUAACUCACAUUGACAGAAAAUAAUAAAAUAAAAACAAGACCCAAUGAUUAAGAGGAAAAUUUGUAAGGAAAUAAGAAAAGAUAUAAACUUAUUAAAUGAAGAAACUCAGUAAAGAAAAUUAUUAAAAAAAAAUAACCCAAGAAAAAAAUAGCUGAAAAGCAGAGGCAAAUAAGGAAAAAUACAUGGAAAACUUGUGACAGAAAAAAAAGAAAGAAAAACACAGUGAAUAGCGGAAAAGUAUGAGACUUAAAAGUUAAAUCAAUACAUGAAAAUUGGAAAAAUAUAUAACAAUACGAAAAUUUAACUGAUAAAAUCUAGUGACACAGAAAAUGUAAAAUAACCUGAACAACAAACAAACUUAACUUUAAACCAAACUAAAGAUAAAAAAGAAUCUUAAAAGAGGAACAGAGAAAAAGGAAGCAAAGGAACGGAAAUAAAAUCAUACAGAAGAGGAAGAAAACACGGAAGAAAUAGAGAACGUAGCAACAGAAGCAAGGAAGACAGAAAGAAGGGGUGGAAGGUAGGAAGGAAAGGAAGAACUAACACAGGUAACGAAAAAAAAAUAAAAUAAGAGAACACAGAACACAAACAAAAAGAAAAAGUGGAAAGUGAAAGUGAAAAAGUAAAAAGAAUAACAAUAAUCAACUGUAAGAAGGUAGAAACAACAACAAAACACGAACACUGAGAAAAUAACCAAAUAAAUUGAGAAAGACAAAAAGAGAAAGGAAAAAAAAAAAGAAGAAAAAAAACUCUGAACAAAAACAAAAAAAAACAAAAAUAAUCACAGCAUCAAGGAGGCAAAACAGAAGAAGGAAGGAAGAUCAAGAUGUACAGCAUGGAGGGCUUCGACAUGGAGGCACUCAACAGACAGUUCUUCGAGUCCGCUGCCUUCAGUGAGUUUCAGGCGGGCGUGGUGUUUGAGCCCGGCAGCGGAGGCUCGUCUCCCGCACAUCUUGACCAAGAGAACACGUACUUGAUGUUCGAGCCAGACAGCGGAGGGUCGUCACCGUCACACAACGACCAAGAGAACACGGUGCUGCGGAGAAAGAAGAAGCGGCGGUGUUUGAUGGCACAGAUUCAGCAGCGACAGGCAGCCAAUAUGAGGGAAAGAAAACGGAUGCAGAGUAUCAACGACGCCUUCGAAGGCCUGCGCGCGCACAUCCCCACGCUCCCUUAUGAAAAGAGACUCUCCAAGGUGGACACGCUGCGGCUGGCCAUCGGAUAUAUCAGCUUCUUGGCGGAGCUGGUGGCCAGUGACCGAGCGCCCGAUCCCCACCUGCACCCGCCCAACCACAACGACGCCAACAGGAAAGUGAUCGUCAGGAGCAGCCGAAUGAGUGUGGACAGCGUGCCCCACUCCCUCACCUGGUCACACACGCGCCCCCUGGUGGUCAACGGCAAGGUCACGGCCAAGACCUGGACGCCGGAACAACAGAAACGUCCAUGAACAUCACCACUGUACCACCAUCACCACCACUACCACCACCUCCACAAUCACCACCACUGCCGCCGCCGCCGCCGCCGCCGCCACCGUCACUGUCAUGAACAGUUGUGUGUGUGUGUGUGUGUGUGUGUGUGUGUUUCAUUUCACUAACCUCAGAACAAUCUACAAGUAUACAUGUAUGUAUUCAUACGGGGAUAAAAAUACAUGAUAUAUGUAGACAAGUAGACAAGUAGACAGACAGACAAACAGUCAGACAGACAGACAGACAGACAGACAGACAGAGAAACAGACAGACAAAAAUACAUACAGACAAACACAGUCUUCUAAACAGGCACAUAGACAGAUAGGUAAUCAGACUUAAAGACAUGCGCACAAACAUGCAUACCUGGACACGCGUAUGGAACAAAAUAUAAAAAUUAUACAUCUAAGUACGGAUGACCGUGACCAUGCUUGAAAAAAAAGUUGUGUGUGUGUGUGUGUGUGUGUGUGUGUGUGUGUGUGUGUGUGUGUGUUAAUCUACGAAGAACAACGUUGGCGAACUCCAGUGAACCAAAAAGGUGGAGGAAUGAAAGCACGCCAAGUGAACAUUCAUCACGCGGUUUGUUUAACAAUGAAAGCACUUCAGUCAUUCCACUUUCUUCAGUUACGUGCUUAACUGAUAAGGAGACAUUUUACACUCAAAUUCUGAACAAAGCACGAAAAUUAAAAAAAAAAAUGUUAUUCUUAGAAAGACUGUGUCUACAUAGUUGGUAGAAACACUUGCUCGUCCUCCUGCUUCAGUGGCGUGUGUUACGUGAUGAUGUGUUGUUAACAUUAGGAAGGAAGAAUAAUCUUAAGAAUUGUGAAAGGGAAGUUAGAGAGCACCAUGUGCAGCUCACCACCACCAUCACCACUACCACCACUAGCAGCAGCAGCAGCAGCACCAUUAUCGACAAUACUGAGCACGACCUUGACAAACCCCUAUUCCUUCCCUUAGAAUAACGAAGACAAGAACGAGGAAGACAAGGACGAUUACAAGGAGGUGAAAGACAAGAGCGAGGACGAGAGGGACAAUGGGAAGACAAGGAGAACGAAAACAUCACGGAUAAAUCACCGAGGAAAAAAAUACUUAGUCCAAAAUGAGACAGGAUAACAGAAUCUAAUAUAUAUAUAUAUAUAUAUAUAUAUAUAUAUAUAUAUAUAUAUAUAUAUAUAUAUAUAUAUAUAUAUAUAUAUAUAUAUAUAUAUAUAUAUAUAUACUAUCUUCCUUCUCGUUCUCUGUCCCCUCCUCUCCCUCCCUUUCGUGACCCACGUGUCCUCACAUAGCAGCCUGAGAAUUCAAUUUGCCAACAAGGAUUCAACGUCUUGACUGGGUGCACGUCGCACGGAAAAGAAGUCAUCGAACAAUUUGAGUGAUUAUACUCGUCACAAAAGAACCUAUGCCAUCGCGCAGCCCAGCACGGGACACACCACCAUUGUCACCCUUAUCUUCUUCCCCAGGUGCAACUCGUGAUACUCGCUUGCUGCCCAUCUCUGGGUGGUAGCCAAGGCUACGUUUCCUUCCCAGACACGAGUGGGUUGGCAACCGGUAAUCCAAAACACCUCGUACAAAAUAAUUGCUCACUAGUAAUUUAAAAAAAAUCGAAUGCACACUGAAUGUGUAACUGAAACCAAAGGCUACUCCAUAUGGUGAAAUGAAAUACAAAAAAGCAAAUUUACCAAAAUGAAUAGAUGCCUAAAAUAAACAAACAUGACAAAGUUGAGAAUUACUUAAGAAUAGGUUGUACAAAAGCCAGAAAAUAAGGAAAUAAAGUAACCCUCGUAAUUCGAAAGAAUCCAAAGAGUGAAGUGCAAUAUUAAGAUACGAGUAUCUACACAGAAAGACAGGAAGUAAGGAUACCACAAGGAGAUAAUAAAUAAAUGGAAAAAAAUAUGAAAAAAAUAUGACAGCCUAAAGCAAAAUAACGUAUCGAGGACAACACCCUACCAUAAUUUAUCUAGAGACUGCCGCACUAACGUUCAACUCGACCGGACUCUAGGGACGGACACACGUGAAGACCUCCCCUCAGGACGUAAGAUGUGCUGGUAUAUCCUGACGAGGCUGCACGUGACACAAAGGAAAUGAAGACGCCCAUUCACUCCCGCCUCACACACGACGCCGCGAUAACUGAGAAAGAGCGUUCCCUCCGUGUUUCGAGUCACAAUAUAACACUGAUUCGUCCCAGCUUUGAAGCGGAUUCCACCAUUUACGUUUUUCAUUUGUUCUCCUUGUGAUUUUUAUAAGUUUAGAGAUCUUUAGAAGUCAUUAUGACCACAGUCUGCAUGGUGCUCAAACAUCAUCGUCGGUUGCAUGUUCAUUAAUGUAAUCAUCUCCGGUGUUUCGUGUUUCUGAGUGACGCUGAAGCGGGUUCACUUAGGUAAAGUAUCACCAACGACAGGAGGAGCCUGUUGAAAGUCAUAAUGCUCUACGUUACUUUACAAAAAUUUAUUUUAUACCUCUAUGCGUCUCUGACUGUGAACAGAUAAUGAGUGCGUUUGUGCUGUCAAGGUGCUAAUAAGUUUCUCGAAAGACUAGAAUCGAUUGCUCGACCUCUGCUCGUGAGACUAAACAGCAGACUCUUUCACCUUGAUGUGAAUUAUUGUAAAUUAUUUGGAAAAUGUUGAGUGUUUAUUGCUAUGAAACUGUGGUAUUACCAGUAAUAAUGCAUGUGUCUGUGUUUUGUAUGCACAUCUUAGUUUUAUUGGCAUAUGAAUAACGAUGGAAACCUCCAUCCCUUUAACACUGUGUGUGUGUGUGUGUGUGUGUGUGUGUGUGACGCAGUCCCUUCAUGUACAACGUAUGGGUCUUGCUUCUACUGCUGCUGCUGCUGCUAGUAUUGGUGGUGGUGUUGGUGCUGGUGUUGUGCUCCUCGCGUCCUGUACCCGUGCAAUACACAUCCUGGUGUGGUGUACCGUGCAAUACACAUCUUUAUUCGUCA